CGUUGUCACGCUAGCCCGCUCAGCACGGAGAGCCACAAGAAGACCGUCUGGAGAGGAACCGCGAAUCCGAUUCACUAGAGCAGGCAGCAGUUGUUCGUUUUCUUGAAGAAAUCGCCAAUUUCCCUGGCCGAAUCAGUUGGCUAUCUUUGUGCAGAGCGCCGACCAGCAAUAGUCCUUGACAGUCCUGUCUUCGGCUGGGCCAAGACUCUCGCCAGCAUCUUCGCGAUAGUCCCGACUUCCACCACCUCAGCCCAUUACUCUCCGGUCGAUCAAGCCCCAAUUCAUACUUCAUCUACACAAUGGCUACUGGAAUCUUCAACUCAACCUACUACGGCAAAGACUACCGUGCUGGUGCUGCUCUGCUGCGCGCCCGACGACCAUACCUCGUUAAGAAUGCUCUGACCGGACUUUCUCUUGUCGCAUUCACCAUCAGCGUUUAUGCAUACACAAUCCGUGCUGUUGGCCAGGAAGAGUUCGCAGAUGUGAAGGUUCCCGACGCCCCCGCGGCUCCGAAACAACAGGAGCAGAAAUAGUCGGGAGGGAUUUUUCACUUUCCCUCUGCGAGACAGACUGCGUUCGAGGUAACGCUGUGCUGUCGAGCUAGUCGAUUCUGCAUCAUUCAAUCGGGCUACGGAGUACAUGGAUCGCGUCAUUGUUCUUGGAUUUGUUAAUUAGCUUGGAGAUAUAUCAUGGGCAUGUCGAGACGAGAAUUGCCAGUCGGAAUUACUAAACUUUGAAGAUCAGUUUGAAAAGAGCAAUUCAGAUAUUGAGGAUUGGACGGCGGGAGCCAAGCAGAUGGGGAUGAUGGGGGGGGCCUUCUUCUGAAGAAGUCGUUUCAGCUGUGUAAAUAGCCUACUUCGAUGUAUACUACUUGAA